GUAGGAGUAUGCGCGCGCACAUAAGACUUUUCUCCCUGAAUUUGAGCUGGAAAUCGGGAUUCGGGCAGUCACUGCCGGACUCCCAGAGUUGUGUGGUGCUCCUAGACCUCUUUUAUCACCCGCUAGUUUUUUAAAUCUCAUUAACCAUGUCCGACGAGGAAGAAGUUUACUCCGAAGAAGAGGAGGAGGAAGAAGUCGUUGAAACAAAAACGACUACCACCACUACCACCAAAGUCGAAGAAGGAGCGGGAGAUCCAGAAUUCAUCAAACGUCAGGACCAGAAGAGAUCAGAUCUCGAUGAACAAUUGCGUGAGUACAUCACAGAAUGGCGCAAACAACGCGCAAAGGAAGAGGAUGACCUCAAAAAAUUGAAGGAAAAACAAGCUAAGCGCAAGGUCGCCCGUGCCGAUGAAGAAAGAAAAAUGGCUGAACGUAAGAAGGCUGAAGAAGAGCGUCGCGUACGUGAAAUUGAAGAAAAGAAACAGAGGGACAUCGAAGAAAAGAGACAACGUCUCGAAGAAGCUGAGAAAAAACGUCAAGCCAUGAUGCAAGCUCUUAAGGACCAAAACAAGAACAAAGGACCCAACUUCACCAUCACCAAACGCGAUGCAGGAGCAAACCUUUCUGCAGCUCAAUUGGAAAGAAACAAGACCAAAGAACAGUUGGAAGAAGAAAAGAAGAUUUCCCUAUCCAUUCGUAUCAAGCCCUUGGCCGUCGAAGGUCUAAGCGUGGAAAAACUCCGCGUAAAGGCCCAAGAAUUAUGGGAUUGCAUCGUCAAAUUGGAAACUGAGAAAUAUGAUUUAGAAGAAAGGCAAAAACGUCAAGACUAUGAUCUUAAAGAAUUGAAAGAAAGACAGAAACAACAACUUAGACAUAAAGCCUUGAAGAAGGGUCUCGACCCUGAAGCCCUUACCGGCAAAUACCCCCCUAAAAUCCAAGUAGCCUCCAAAUAUGAACGUCGUGUAGACACUAGGUCGUACACUGACAAAAAACACCUGUUCGAAGGGGGCCUUGAGAACAUGGUAAAAGACCUCAAUGAAAAAUCUUGGAAAGAGAAAUUUGGACAAUUCGAUUCCAGACAAAAAACAAGACUUCCAAAAUGGUUCGGUGAAAGGCCCGGCAAGAAACCUGGAGACCCCGAAACUCCAGAAGGAGAAGAAGAAGGUAAACAAGCCGCUGAUGACGAUGAAGAUCUUAAAGAGCCCGUGAUUGAACCAGAGCCAGAAGAAGAGGAAGAAGAAGAGGAAGUUGAGGUUGAUGAAGAAGAAGAGGACGAUGAAGAGGAGGAAGAAGAAUAAAUGCCAAAAUAAUAAAUGUAUCUUCUCUGGACAUAACAUCACGUAACAUCAGAUUCUCAAAUAAGUAUAAAAAAUAAAUAAACUGAUAUCAAUAGUUUGUUUUUUUGUUCCAACACCUUAUUAUCAUUAUUAUAUUUUAAAAGAAGUGUAAAUGUAAUCUUAAAAAACUAAAGGUUAAUUAUGGUAUGGUGUUUUGUUUAUAUGUUAGGUUUAAGUUGAAAAUAAACCAUUUGAAUAUUUAGAA